AUAACAGUAAACACUGCCGCCUCUUCACAAUACGCAUGGUGGCGUUGACCGAGGACGUACCUAGACGAACAAAUAAAUGAGUGUAUUUAAUAAGACUACUAAUUACUUUAGACAAAAUAGUAUUAAAGUGAUGUUAAAGUGAAUGUUACUAGCAGUAGAGCAGUGUAGUUAAGAAUACAAACACACGCAAAAUGGAUGAAACACUAAGCACCUUAAGCGACGAAGAGUUGGGUGUGCACGAGCAACACAUUACCGACAAGCUGAAGGUGAUCGAAGACAAGGUUGCCCGGUUAAAAUCGCAAAAAGUGCACCUGCUCGAGCUGCUCGACCAGAUAAAGGAUAUGCGAAAGCAGCGAAAAUUAAUCCAAAACACGGGAACGGAUUGGAACAGGGAAAAUUUUGACUGGUCCUCCAAAGCACGACAGUUGCUAGCGACCGUAUUUUCCGCCAAACAAUUCCGACCGAAGCAGCUGGAAACGAUAAACGCACUGAUGGCUGGGAAUGAUGUACUGUUUCUCGCGCCGACCGGAUCCGGCAAGAGUUUGUGCUUUCAGCUCCCGGCCUUGCUUAGCAAUGGUGUGACGGUAGUCAUUUCACCGCUAAUUUCACUCAUGGAAGAUCAGGUGUGGUCGUUGGAGCGGUUAAAGGUGAAAGCAAAGCUGGUCUGUAGCACCACCAACAAGGACGUUAUUGAUCAGAUACAUAGGGAACUGAGCGACAAGAAAGGACCGACCGUAAAGUUGCUGUACGUUACACCGGAACGAUUGUCCAAGAGCAAGCGCUUCAUGACGGCACUGCAGAAGUGUUACAACAAUGGUUUCUUGGAUCGGUUUGCGAUCGAUGAAGUACACUGUUGUUCGCAGUGGGGCCACGACUUCCGGCCGGACUAUAAGUUCCUCAACGUACUGAAGGAAAUGUUUCCGAAGGCACCUCUGCUUGGCGUUACGGCAACCGCCACCACGAAAGUCAUCAGCGACGUGCAAACGAUGCUCAACAUUCCCGACUCGUUGCUGUUUGUGGCAUCGUUCAACCGACCGAAUCUUUACUAUCACGUACUAGCGAAACCGACCGGUAAGCAGGAACAGUACGAUCUGAUAACGAAUUUACUACUGUCCCGGUUUCGCAACCAGUCCGGGAUUAUUUACACAUACUCGAUGAAGGACGCAGUGGACAUAAGUACGGCGUUGUUAUCGCGCGGUUUAAAAGCUGGCCCGUACCACGCGAAUCUGGAUCCGGCCGACAGGACGAAAAUACAUCGACUCUGGUACAACGAGGAGUUGCAGGUGGUCGUUGCGACCGUCGCGUUCGGUAUGGGCAUCAAUAAGGGCAAUGUUCGGUUCGUGAUACAUCACACGCUGAGCAAAAGUAUGGAAAACUUUUACCAGGAAUCGGGUCGUGCGGGAAGGGACGGUGCACGGGCGGACUGUAUUCUGCUGUACCACUUUACGGACAUGUUUCGCAUCACGACGAUGACCUUUUCCGAGCAUACUGGGUUGAAGAAUGCGUACGCUAUGGUGGAAUAUUGCAUCACAACCAGCGAAUGCCGAAGGAAGAUCAUUUCGCAGUACUUUUCGGAAGUUUGGGGCGAGGACAACUGUAACGCGAUGUGCGACCGGUGCGUGAACGCUGAUCUGGUACGCCCGCAGAAAGAAAUCGCUCCGUACGUCGAACAGCUCGGUCGGAUUGUAGCGAAGUGUGAGCUGGAGCAGGCGAACGUAACCGGGCUUAAGCUAGUCGAUGCGUGGAUGCACAAGGGACCGAUGAACCUGCGGCUAACCGAUCCAGCGCCGCUGAUCGAUCGUGCGAUAGCGGAACAGAUUGUGGCGUACCUGAUCGUGAAAGGUUACCUGAAGGAAUCGUUCGUUUACACACCGUACGCCACGCUUAGCUACAUUAAGCGGGGGCCUGUGCGUGUAACGGGCGAUUCACUGAAAUUCCGCUGCGGUAAGCUGUUUCCGCUUGUACCCGACGCUAGUUCGACAAAUGGCCAUACGAUGACCACAGCCAGGAAAACUCAAAAACGGCUGUCGUCGGCUGCGAAAGCGAAUGGCACCACUGCUUCGUCGGCAGGUAAAAGCAAACGAGCCAAAGCUACGUUUGAUAGCGAUAGUGACGAUCCACCGUCUCCGGCGAGUGAUAUGUCCGAUGAAGUUAUCAUUGCUCCGGCCGAGGUAGAAGUGAUAGAGCUGGAUGGGGAAUAACUUUGUCUUUUUAUUUAAACAGUAAUAAACUUAUUUGUAAUUUAAUUCGUUAUAAAA